AUGUGUUCUCUCCAUUUAGGAAAGAAUACUGAAAAAUAUCUGACAGGAAAUCGCACAAAUUCGGUGUUUCAUGGAUCUCAGCCUGUUUCAUCCGGAACACAUGUGAAUGAACAAGAUAUAGCGAUCAGCCCAACGACAACACAGGUUCGAUCAGAGCAAGGAGCCACAGCUGCAAUUCAAGAGAAGUCUGAUAUUCGAGUCCAAGCAGAUGAACACCCGGAAUACCCUCACGGACUUAAGCUUGCUACGAUCACGGUUGCUGUAGCGCUGUCAGUCUUCCUCGUGGCCUUGGACAACACAAUCAUCGCAACAGCAAUACCCCGAAUCACAGAUCGAUUCCACGCAAUCGACGACGUGGGUUGGUAUGCAUCAGCAUACCUUCUCACAACCUGCUCCGUCCAGCUUCUCUUCGGCAAGCUUUACACCCACUUCAACAUAAAAGUUGUCUUUCUUUCGGCAAUUGCACUCUUUGAGCUUGGGUCGCUGAUUUGCGGUGUCGCACCAACCUCAAAUGCCUUGAUUGUUGGUCGAGCAAUUGCAGGGCUCGGCUCUGCUGGUGUGUUUAACGGGGGAGUGAUCAUCAUCUCGCGAACUGUCCCGCUUGUGAGACGGCCGAUUUAUGUUGGGAUUGUUGGAGCAAUGUAUGGGAUUGCUUCUGUCGCUGGACCUCUUAUGGGAGGAGCUUUCACUGAUCAUCUGACUUGGCGUUGGUGCUUUUACAUCACCCCGGAAAUGGAACAUGCACCGAUGGCUUCCAAAGCUCGCAUCAUGCAACUGGACCCUCUUGGAACUAUUCUCUUCCUUCCCGGAAUUAUAUGUCUGCUACUUGCUCUGCAAUGGGGUGGAUUGACAUAUCCAUGGAGCAGUAGUCGGGUCAUUGCUCUGCUCGUCGUUUUCGCGGUGCUCAUCUCGAUCUUCAUCGUCGUGCAGAUACGCAAUCCAGAGAAUGCUACCGUCCCACCUAGGAUAAUAUCCCAGCGCUCGAUGGCUUUUGGCUCUUGGUACAUCUUUACGCUGUCGUCCGCCUUCUUCAUCGCCUUGUACUAUCUUCCAAUUUGGUUUCAGGCAAUCAAAGGUGCCUCCGCCGUUCACUCUGGCAUCAUGAAUCUCCCAUUACUUCUUGGGGUAGUGUUUAUGGCUAUGAUUGCUGGAUUUGCCAUCACCCUUAUUGGCUACUACACACCAUUCAUCAUCAUGUCAACAGUGGUAGCUUCACUCGGCAUGGGUCUCCUCUCAACGCUAAAACCAGACUCAAGACAUUCAAUGUGGAUUGGCUACGAAUGUCUUUUUGGUCUCGGUAUAGGCGCUGGGCUGAUGCAAAGCGUGAUGAUAGCCCAAACUGUGCUGGAUAUCGACGACACCCCGACCGGCAUAAAUCGGCUGGUGGCAAAUCUCGAGGCAGUCUUUCCUGGUCUGGAUCCGUCGAUGUUGUUGGGGAGUACGGGAGCGACGAACUUGCAGGAUGUGGUGCCGCCGGAGUACUUACCACGAGUUUUGGUUGCGUUUAACAAGGCUCUUUCGUCUACGUUCUAUGUGGGAGCUGCCAUGGCGAGCCUGUCGAUUUUCGGGAGCCUUGGGGUAGAGUGGAAGUCUGUAAAGGGUCCAAGUGAUCACGUAGUCACUGUGUGA